GUGGAGCCAGGUGGGGAGGAGCAAAACCCGGAGGCCUCGGGCACCGCGGGCAGAGCCAGAGUUGCUGGAACCCAAGCCACCGCACGCUGCCUCGGGAAAGCCCGCCACCGAGAGCAGCCUUUCCUGCCGAAGUCGCCGCCUGAUUUCAGUGCGCAGCGGGGGAGAAAGGCUAGUGACUCCGGAGACCGGGUCGCGGAUUCUCCUUCAGUUGGGAACUGCCAGGUUACCCGCGCUGGCCCUGCCGCCCCAGUAACGCCUAGCCUGACCCUGCCCUUUGUGUGCGUCCCAGUCGCACCAUGGAUCCUUCGGAAAAGAAGAUAUCUGUGUGGAUCUGCCAAGAGGAAAAGCUGGUGUCCGGGCUCUCCCGCCGCACCACCUGCUCAGACGUGGUACGGGUGCUUUUGGAGGACGGCUGCCGGCGGCGACGCAGACAGCGGCGAGGCCAGCGCCGGGGGAAGGCGGAGGACCCCUCCAGUCCGUUGGAGCAGCCCGAGCCCCCGGACGAAAACGACGAGGAUGACGACGACGUGAUGCCCCAGGGCAUGCUAUGUGGGCCCCCGCACUGCUAUUGCAUCGUGGAGAAGUGGCGCGGCUUUGAGCGCAUCCUGCCCAACAAGACGCGAAUCUUGCGACUCUGGACCGCCUGGGGCGACGAGCAGGAGAAUGUGCGCUUCGUGCUGGUGCGCAGCGAGGCAUCGCUGCCCAACGCCGGGCCACGCAGCGCCGAGGCGCGGGUAGUGCUCAGCCGCGAGCGCCCCUGCCUGGCCCGGGGAGUCCCGGCGCGGCCCAGCUUGGCCAUGACCCAGGAGAAGCAGCGGCGGGUGGUGCGCAAGGCCUUCCGAAAGCUGGCCAAGCUCAACCGGAGGCGCCAGCAGCAGUCGCCGUCGCCUUGUUCGUCCACGUCGUCGUCCACCGCCUCGUCCUGUUCGUCGCCGCCUAGGACCCAGGAGAGCGCGUCGGUGGAGCGCAUGGAGACGCUGGUGCAUCUGGUGUUGUCGCAGGAUCACACUAUCCGCCAACAGGUGCAGCGGCUCCGGGAGCUGGACCGUGAGAUCGACCGCUACGAGGCCAAGGUGCACCUGGACCGCAUGCGGCGGCACGGAGUCAACUACGUUCAGGAUACUUACCUGGUAGGGGCUGGCAUCGAUCUCGACGGGCCGGCUCCUGGAGAGGAACCCGAGGAGGCGACGCUGGCGGAGAAAGGGACGGAGGCAGUGGCAUCUCUGGACAGUGAGGCUCAAGCGGCCGCGCUGGAGGAGCUGGCCCGGCGCUGCGACGACCUGGUGCGGCUGCAAGAGGAGCGCGCCCAACAGGAGGAGUUGCUGGAGCGCCUGUCCACCGAGAUCCAGGAGGAGCUGAACCAGCGGUGGAUGAGGCGGCGCAGUGAGGAACUGGCGGCUCGAGAGGAGCCCCCGGAGCCAGACGGCGGUCCGGAUGGCGAGCUGUCGCUGGAGCAGGAGCGGGUCAGGACGCAGCUCAGCACUAGCCUUUACAUCGGGCUGAGGCUCAGCACGGACCUGGAGGCGGUCAAGGCUGACUUGGAUUACAGCCAGCAUCAGAGGGACAUCAAGGAGCGCGAGCUGCAGGGCCUUCUCCAGACUUUGCGCACUUUGGAGCAGACGGUGGUGAAUGAUGGGGCUCUGGGUUCUGGCGAACCUUCGCGGGAACCCCAGCCUCAGAUCUGUGCAGAAAUGUGGGUAGACCAGGCUCGGGGAAUGGCUAAGAGCUGUCCCGGCAACGAUGAGGACUCGGAUACUGGGCUGAGCUCCAUGCACAGUCAAGAUUCGGACUCGGUACCCCCUGUGUGCGAAUCCCUUGUGUAGGAGUAGUAGGGAGCGAGCCUAGACGCUUGCAGCGUGCACAGGCCUGGCCUGCUCAGGGACGUGAAGUGAGGCUGAGGGGUGAGCUCAGAGUUCCCGCGGAUGGGUCUGAAGAGUGGAGAGGACACCUGCCAGGGAGCAUGCUCCUCUGACUCAGGAGGAGUGUGUAGGAGGGCCCUGGGCAAGGAAGCCCUAAACUUCUUAAGCUUCCGAGGGAAAAAGAGGUGAGAACCCUUCCCUAAUUUUAAAACACCUUAGGUAAAUCGACAAGGUCCAAGCCCAUUUUCAAAACAAGAAAAGAGAAAACCAUUGUGGACGUUUUAAGCACUCCUCCGUAUGGGACGGACUGACGCCAGCUAGAACUAUGGUCUGUGGCCUAAAGUGCCGGUGAAAGAAAACACUUGGGUGAGAAGGAAAUUCCUUGAAUGUUAAUUGUGACUGGAAGCGUGUUAAAACUAGCCAGAGAGGACGCACUAGUGUCGAUCUCUGCCUUGCUUAACAUCUUUGAUAAAAUCCAUAGGCACCGAAACCCUGGCUGUUUACAUUUCUUCAGGUUUGGGAAUUACCCAUCUGCGAAAUCAUUUGUCUUUUAUUUCUGUCAAAGGCCAAACCGCACGGAAAUCUAAUGCUGUGUUUAUUCUCCCUACUAGAUACAAGGUGUUAAAAGUCCACCU